AUGUAUCCAAGGGAUGUUCCCAUUGCUACCCAGGCGCCUCAGACGCCUCCGCUUACCCCAACUCACGACCAGAUAGUCGUUUUAUAUGUUACCGUUGUUUAUGCCGUGGUUAUAUUCGGAAUAUGGAAUAUACCAGUCGCACGGACGCUAAUUAACCCACUUAAACUCUUUACCAUUGGGUGGCAUGAGUUUUGCCACAUCGUAGCGGCCAUCCUGACCGGAGGGACCAUAUCAUCGGUCACGAUCGAUCCUAAUUUAGGUGGCGCAACAAUUGUCGAGGGUGGCCGUCCACCAAUCAUACUCGCAGCAGGGUAUGUGGGAUCGAGCGUCUUUGGUGGCGUCUUUAUACUGGCUGGCUUCGAUUCUCUUGUCGCCAAAAUUCUGAGCUUUGUCCUUGGCCUGGGGCUUGUCACUCCGUUGGUUCUUGUGCGAGACAAGUUGACUAUUCUGCUCACAUUGUUUUACGAGGGUCUACUUGUUGGCUUCUGGUUUAUCGGACAUGCGCAAGCUCUUCGAUGGUACUGCUUAUUCGUUGGCGUUAUGAACAUGUUCUACGUUAUUUGGGACUUGACAGAUGACAAGUUCUUUCGAAAAGCGAAUGACUCUGACUGCACGCAGUUCAAUCUUAUGUUUCCACGAAUAUCUGCACAUGUGUGGGCUUGUUUCUGGAUAAUGUUCCAGACGGGAGUAUGCAUAUCAUUUCUAUUCUUAGGAAUAGUUUCGUUCAAGCUAUCGACAGGGGAUAUGAAUACGCAAGCAGCUGUUUUCUUGCCCACAUGA